GGGGGCUGAGGUAAAAUGGUUGCGAGCACUCGUGUGCCGAAGCUCCUCAGACGGUACAAAGUCGCAAUCGCGGCCGGUUUAACGAUCUUGCUUAUCCAGGGGCUGGUGGUAUGGAGUCUGCGGAGUCUGGAAGAGGGAGAGGCUGAGCGGAAGCACAGGCGAUCAAAGUUGCCUGACCACAAUGGGCGAGACCAGAAAAUGGACCCGGUGGCCUCUAAGAGGCAAAACACCCUUUCUGGGGCAAACCAUGGCCAGUGGAGGCUGCGCCCGGAUCGGACAGCUGUGACCAGUAUUAUCAGGAGUGAGUCUAGACGGAGAAUCAAGCCCUCUUUGAAGGACAAGGGUCUUGGCGUGCCAGAUGAUAGAGUCGUAGUGGAAAAAGUUGCCCACUACGAUCCCUCUAGCAGCCGUAACUUCAGUGAGACUCGGGCAGGCGAAAUGGGAAAAAUCCAUCUAGUGGCACCAGGAGAACCAGGCAGCGUUGAGGGUGCUCCUCAAGUUCAGAAUAGUGACUUUGUUCCCAAAUGUGAGAUCUCGGGCAAGGAUGCCCUGUCUGCCCUCCAACGUGCAGGUUCACGGCAGUGUAGACAAGAGAUCGCCAACAUCGUAUGCCAGCACCAAGCAGGACAACUCAUGCCACCAUCUCUGCCACAGUUCUGCCUACAGCAUGUAAUCUCCAGUGCUGUCCAGAAUGCAGAUUUCAAUACUGACCUCUCCAAGGUUGAGAACCCGGUCAGAUUGGUAUUUGUGCUGGUGGUUCACGGGCGAGCAGUCCGACAGUUGAAGCGUCUCCUCAAAGCCAUCUAUCACAAAGACCACUUUUACUACAUCCAUGUGGACAAGCGUUCAAACUACAUGCAUCGAGAGGUGCUGCAGAUAGCGGAGCUUUACCCCAACGUGAGAGCCAUGCCCUGGCGCAUGGUCACCAUCUGGGGCGGGGCCAGUCUGCUUAAGGCAUACCUGCGUAGCAUGCAUGAUCUGCUCUCAUUGCUGGACUGGAAAUGGGACUUCUUCAUCAACCUCAGUGCCACUGACUUUCCCACCAGGACCAACGAUGAGCUGGUGGCUUUUCUCUCCCAGAACCGUGACAAGAACUUCCUGAAGUCUCAUGGCAGAGAAAACGCAAGGUUCAUUAAGAAGCAGGGUUUGGAUCGCCUGUUCCAUGAAUGUGACAAUCACAUGUGGCGUCUGGGUGAGCGCACCAUCCCUGAGGGGCUGGAGGUGUCUGGAGGCUCAGACUGGUUCUCCCUCACGCGGAGGUUUGUGGAGUAUGUGGUGAACUCUCAGGAUGGGCUGGUGAUGGGGCUCAAGCAGUUUUACACCUACGCCCUUCUGCCUGCUGAGUCUUUCUUUCACACAGUACUGGGAAACAGCCACAUGUGUGAGACUCUGGUGGACAAUAACCUGCGUGUGACCAACUGGAACAGGAAGCUGGGCUGUAAGUGCCAGUAUAAGCACAUAGUGGACUGGUGCGGCUGUUCACCGAAUGACUUCAAGCCUGCAGACCUCGUCAGAAUACAGCAGCUGACGCGGCCCACGUUCUUUGCCCGCAAGUUUGAGUCCACUGUGAACCAGGAGGCCAUAGAGAUCCUGGACACUCAUCUCUAUGGGCAGUACCCGCCGGGCACAGUGGCACUGAAAGCAUACUGGGAGAGUCUGUUUGAGCAGGCUGACAAAGUCUCGUCACUGAAUGAUGUGGCCCUUACUGCAUACUCGUCAUUCUUUAGACUGGCCCUCCGUAGACAGGAGACCACUCAAAGCAGUACUGAUGCCUGCCGGUUUGAACCCAUUGGCCACCCCAUCUCUGUGCACCUGUAUUUUUAUGAUGAUCAUUUCCAAGGUUACCUGGUGAGGCAAGAAGUGCAGAAUUUGGUGAGCAAGUCGCGAGAGAUGCUGGAGGUGUGGGCUGUUCCCCAGACAACACUGCAGCUGGAAAACAACCUUCAUGAGUUUGAGAGACUCAAACACCUUGAGGUUGGAACCGAAUGGGACCCAAAGGAGCGAAUCUUCCGUAACUUUGGUGGUGUGAUGGGACCCAUGGAUGAGCCAGUGGCUGUUCAGAAGUGGGCUCGCGGGCCCAACCUUACAGCCACCAUAGUGUGGAUUGACCCAGCACACAUAGUGGCAGCAUCCUAUGACAUCAGCAUAGAUGUGGAGGCAGAGUUCACACAAUACAAGCCGCCCCUGCAGCACCCCCUCAGGCCGGGAGUUUGGACAGUGUGUGUGCUGCGGCUGUGGGAGCGUGUAGCAGAAGUUCGCUUCCUAGUCAUGCCCCUGGCCUUCAAGGGACGAGAGCCACUGCGCACAGACCAUGGGUGGAUACAUGCAGGUCCUCCAGGUAAUGUGUACUUGGAACAAAGCUUCCAGCAGCUCUCCCAUGUGUUAAAGCUGCCGCCCAGUGAGCCCGCCCUGCAGGAGGCACAUAAGAAGACUUACCUGGUCGGAAAGCUGCUGGAGGCCUGGGUGGACAGCUCUGUUGGGACGUUCUGGGUCACAGGAGAUAUCUGCUCUGAGCAGACCUCUUCCUGUCACACUGUUGGACUCUGCAGCAAAACUUCUUGGAGCUCGUUGUCCCCGGACCCCAAAUCAGAACUUGGGCCAGUCAAAAUUGAUGGUCGCAUUAGGUAGCCCAGCAGAGCUUGAACAAUCGGAGGAGAAUGGGGAAGGCCCUGAAUGACAGUUCACAAGAGUGAUGUUUACGGGUUGUACUCUUUGAAACCAUCCCAUUGCUAGAUUGUUGAGGGCUAAGCAACUAGUUGAGGGUGGAUCUACCUGAGAAACUAUAUACAUUUGCACAAACAGACUGCCAGACAUGGUUUGUGUCUUGCUUUCAUAAAUCAAUGUUCAACUGUCAUUUUACAUUGUGCUGAGUCUUAUUAGCAAACAGUGUACAGUGUGGGUUAAUGGUACAAAGACACAAAUCUGAACAAUUAUACACUUUUAGGGGCCAAUCACAUAGAACACUUUUUUGCAUUUGAAAAAAAGAGAUGUAGCGCAACAGAAUAAAACAAAUGCAUGUUUUUCAUAACAUAUUUGUAAAAGUUGCAAAGUCUUAAAAAUGUGGUACAUAAAAUGUGGAGAAAAAAAACCCAGCAACAUGUGCCACUAUGUUUAAAGGUAUAUAUCAAGCAUACACAAGAGGGAACAAAAUGCAGGUGUCUCAUAACAUGUUAUAACUGUGAGAUUGUUGGAAUUUUUGAAACUUCAAGCAAAGUCUUAAAAAUGCAGCGCUCAUGUUAAAAAUUGUGUUUAAAAAAAAAAGGAAAAAUAUUUCACGGUCAAAGAUGUAGAUCUGGCGUACAAGAAUGGAUCAAAACACAGGAGUUUCGUGGCGUGUUUGUAAUAGUUAAACUGUUAAACUUCCAGUAAAGUCUUAAAAAUUGGAUGCUUAUGGCGCAAGAUGCUAAAAAAAGUCAAUGGAACUAAAUUAAACUAAGCUAAAUGUGUCACGACGGUCAAAGAUGUCAAUCUGGUUUUGGGGGUUCUCGCACUUCUAUGGCAAGAGAUCUACUUUUCAAAAUAUUAUUAUAAGAUGUACCAAGCUCAAUUUAAAUAUAUAUUGUAAGUAGUUUUGUCACAAUAAUACAAUUUCAGUACUCGGAAACAAUACCUGUGAAAUUUGGUGAUUCUCGUUACCAGUUUUGAUAUUACACCAAAAUUGAAUAAAGCAUUUUAAUUAUGUAAACAUGUAAUUGAAGUUGUCUAGUAAGUUUUUAAGACAAAUAUAAAGUCAGUAUUACAAUAAGAAUAAAGCAAUAGGACAAAGAUACAAAUUAAUGUCACAUCCACACUAAUAUGUUUUGUUUUGAAAACGCAGUUUUCCGUUUCCUAAUCUCAUCGUUUUCCAAAGUAUGCGGUAAUGGAGGUCGUUUCCUAAACGCUUUGUUUUUGGUGGGGGAAAACUCCAAUGUGGAGAAGCUAAACGUAGUAUGUUGGGUAAGUUACUUAAAGUAAUCCUCUACAAAUUGCUAAUUACUUAAAUUGUAAUCAGAUUGUUUUACUUAUUACUUCCUGGAAAAAGUAAUCAGUACUCUCCAAAACACUUUUUGCAGAAACUUUUUUUUUUGACAGCUCAACAAAUUCCAAAUAAUGUAUUUAGUCCUUUUUAUUGUCGCACACACUUUAGCUGUCACAAAAAGACUAACAGAUGUAAUACAUCAAUAUAAUUUUAGAAAUACUGUUUGUUUAACGCAAUUAAUGUACUAAAAAAAGUAAUUACCUUAAUUGAAAAUCAGUUACUGUAAUCUGAUUGCAAGAAUUUUAAAUGUAAAGUGUUACACUAAUUUUGACCCAGCGAUCAUCAUAAAGAGUACCCUGAUCUACAGCGGUGGCCAAUAAUACUAUUCACAUUGUUUCUAGAUUAUUGUGCAGAGUGAUCAGAUGCAUUUUAAAUAAUUGCAAAAAGCUUCAUUGGCCAAAAAAUAAUUACUUUUGAUCACAAAAACCCAAAUUUCACUGUUUUUUGGCCUUGGCACAAAAUGACCAGCUAAUAUAAUUUCACUAAUCAUAUCAGCAGCACCUGUGAAAGUGUGAACCAGUUAUAGUCAGGUGAAAUGUAUUCGUUCUGCAUAACGCGGUGGCUCAUUUUUGCUUAUCGCGGCCCAUUCUGCACGUUUCGCAGCUGACCCACGGGACCCCUCGGUUCACCCGCUGGCCAGUACGCCCCUGAUAGGCCCCAAAGUGCGUCGUCCCACCGGGAAAAUGCCAGAUUGCCAGUCCAGCCAUGGUCACUGCCACGGCUGUAGCUCAUAGUUACAUAGUAAGUCAAAUAACAGAGCAGAUGUGUGCAAGAAUGUGUCCUGUGUGAAUGGCCCUUUUAUUCUUUGUUAAAAGAAAAUCAAACUGUGCACAUUAUUUUGUAAAUAAUAACUGUAAAACAGUGGCCAAAAUUCUUAUUUGAAGCUCACUGGAGUCCUCUGGCUGGAUCAAAGCAGAUUGAAGAAGUGCACUUUACUGUAAAACAUUGCUCCUUCCUGAUUGGCUUAAUCGCAGAGGAGGAGGCGGAGCUGAUACCUUUUCCAUUACAUGGAAUAAUUGUGUAUAGCGACAAAACAAGCCAAACUUCUCAUGAACGAAAUCCAUUCAUUGAGAGACUGACGCGAAUCAGUUUUGUAAUAUUGUAACUAUUUGUCGUCAUGAUGAAUGUCCUUUAAGUUGAAAUACAUGUCAUUAAGGACAUGUUAUUUGUCCAUUACUACACAGUUGCAUUGUACAAAGACGAAGACUGCCUGAAUUGACCCUGCUGAAGAUCAUUAUGUGACCUACUGCCCACACAAACAUUUAAAUGCUGUGUUGUAGUAUUUCACACUUACGUUUUCUCACCAGUUUGGUUCUCAACUCUCUAGUAGUUUUCCUUUGUUUCUUUGCAUAAUUUGUAUGAAAGAUCACAACAUUAGGAGACUCAAGUGACUCUAUCAUUUGGUCAAACCACUAGCUGCUGUUUUUUUUUAUUUUUUAUAUAUAUAGGGAUAAAUCACCCCCCAAAAAUGGAAAGCUCCAAAAAGGACACUGCACUUUCAUUUUAUCGGGGUAAAAAAAUCAGCUCGGACAUUCAGUGUUCCACGGAAUAAAGAAAGCCACAAGUAUUUGGAAACUAAAUGAGGAUGAGAAAAUAAUGAACUUUUACUUGUUGGUGAACUAUGGUUUGUCCUGUAGAUAAUUGCAGGAUUGAUUAGAAUGGGUUCAUCUUCAUUUAAGCGUGUCAUAACCUGGAUGUCACUUUUUAGCCACCACAUUUUAGGAUAGUAUUUGGUCUUUAUUUGGUGAGAAGUAUGUAUUUUAAAUAUUCAAAGGAAUUGUUUCAGGUAUUAAUUUACUUGUAACACUUUACAAUAUGUGAGUAAAUGAUGAGAGAAUUUUCAUUUUUGGGUGAACUAUUGGUUUAACACGAAUUAACAAUAAACAAAACCGUUCAGCUUUUGUUAAUUUCAACAUAUACUAAUACUUGACAUUUUUUUAUGAAAAGUUCUAUAUGUUAACAUUUACUGCAUCAUGAACUAACAUGAACGAAAAAUGAACUAUUAAUAAAUGCUGUUAAAAUAUUCAUUGUUCGUUCAUGAUGCCUCAUGCAUGCAGUGAUUGGAGUCUUAUUCUAAAGUGUUGCAGAACGGAAAAUACUGAAUCAUUUCUUCUUGUAGGUAAUAAGUGUCCUUUUUCUGUUCAUAUAUGUGCUUCAACAAUGUUUAUAAAUGAUGAUAUAAAGAAUGAAUGAAUUAUAUUUUUCUAUUUUAGGUUGUAUUUUAAUCUGUCAUUUUGAACUUGAGAAUGCUGCUUCAGCUUUUAUUUUGAUGCCUCGUUCUUCAUCGCACACACCUGGUCACUAAAGGUCUGUGAGGGGCAUAAUAUUCAGUCUUAAACUCUUGAAGUUUGGGUCACAGACCCAGGCAGAAAUGGGUAGAAAAAGAUGAUGCAUAAUAAA